CUAAUUUUCAGUCCAAGCUCAUCGCUGUCUUCUUUGCUUUCCACCCCCACACCACUGCCUGCUUGACUGUGAACCAACCAACCCACGGCUGCGUGUGCACUCAAGAGUUGUUGCUGUUGCUGUUGUUGUUGUUCUCGCUCGUUGUUGUUCUUGGUGGUGUUGUUGCUGAGGUUGUUGCUCGAGAGAGACCUUGGAAGGAGACAAACUUGUCAGCCAUGUCCAACGUCACGUACACGCCCGACGAGGUGCGCAACUGGGACAAUGAGGAUCUGGUUGGAUACCUCAAGUUCCUCAACAUUGGCGACCCCGUCAUCACCGCAUUCCACGACUCCGACAUCUCUGGUUCAGACUUUCUCAACAUUGACGAGCAAGCCAUCGCAGACAUGAACGUGCCGGCUGACGACGCCACCAAGAUUCGCCAGGGCAUCUCGGCGAUCCAGGCGAACGAGGGCAAGACACAGGAGCAAGAGGACUGGCGGUCUGACAGCGACGAUGAGGAGACACCGGCCCCUGCACAGCAGCAGCCGGCAGCUCCUGCCGUCAAGCCCACCGCAUCCGUCAAGAAGACGUCUGUGAAGGUUGCGAAGAAGAACGAUCCCCUUCGUCUUGCCGCCCGCUCCAAGGCCGUCGCCGAUCUCGCCGGUUGCGCCGUCGCCGCUGGGUGGCUGUGGAAGGUUGGCGGGUCUGGGUUCAAGCUGCGCAGCUGGAAGCGGCGGUACUUUGUGCUGACGGACGACAACUGCCUGUACUACUUCAAGUCGCCCAAGGAGAUGUCUGCCCUGGGCAUGAUCCUGCUCCCAUCCUACACCAUCACAAAGGCAGACAAGUCUGAGAACCCGGGCAACCGCCAGUUUGCCUUCAAGGCGUUCAACCGGGAGCACGAGGAGGCGCGCAAGUACAUUUUCUCCGCAGAGACGGAGAGCGACAUGAAGAAGUGGAUGAACGUCAUGUCCCUCGCGUCCAUUGCAUUUGGCAGCGCAAAGGCGUCCAUGAAGAAGGCGGAUGCCAAGCCCGGUGUGCUGACGGACGACAACGACGAGGACCUGAAGCUCAUGCAGCGCAGAGCAGCGGAGCGCGCAGGCGGCGUGACUGGCGAUGCGUCGGAAGCGCCGUCCAGUGCACCGGCGCGCACGUCCGUCAAGCUUCCGGCCUACAUUCGCCGCACCCGCAGCAAGGCAGCGAACCCCAAGGGCCCCGUGCUGACGGUGGUGAAACUUCUGGAUGAGCAGACGCUGCAGCUCUACGCUGAGCCGUCAACAACCGGACAAAACAUCCUCGACCAAGUGUGCACGAUGCUGAAGGUGUGCGAGAAGUACUACUUUGGCCUCGAGUACUACGACUCGAAGGGCGAGGCGGAGUGGGUGACGCUGGACAAGAAGCUGUUGAAGCAGGACAUUCCACGCACACAGGACUUUAUUGAGCUGCGCUUCUGUAUCCGCUUCUACCCCGUCGACGUCACCCAGGUGCUGCAGUAUGUGACGCUGUACCAGACGUUCCUGGCCGCGCGCCGCUCUGUCGUGCGCAACGAGCUUGAGAUCUCCAACAAGGAUGCGUUCAUGCUGGCGUCGCUGAGCAUGCAGGCCAUCCACGGCGACUACGACGCGACCAAGCACACCCCGGCGGUGGUGGGCAAGGAGGAGCUCAUCCCAGACGCCAACAAGGACGACAUCAUCCGCAGCAGCAACAUCAAGACCGCAGACCUCAACACGUUCUGGGGCGAGGAAGUGAUCCGGGUGUGGCGGUCCCUGCGCGGAAUUCUGCGCCACCUUGCCGUCCUCAAGUACAUGCAGAUUGUUCAGAAGCACAGCCAAUUUGCGAUGAAGCGGUUUGACAUCAAGAACAAGAACGGCACCCCGCUUGUCCUGGGUGUGCACCCGCGCGGGCUGUACUGCUUCCGCCUCACCAACCUCUACAAGCCCGUCGUCUCCUUCUCCUGGGCAGAGUGCUCCGAGCUCGCCUACACAGACAAGAAGUUCUCCAUUCAGGUGCACGACAAGUCGAUCAAGGCGUUCAGCGUGUACACGGCGCGCUCCUCCACGUGCCAGCGCAUUCUUGAUCUGUGCGUUGGACUGCAUCGCCUGUACGUGCAGGCAGCGCAGCAGUGGAAGAAUCCUCCGCCAGACCUCAAGCGCAUGCGCGCCGACGCCGUCAAGGCCGCCCUGCAGGAGCGCGAGCAGCUGAAAAAGGAGGCGCUUGCGGCCAAGGAGAAGGCGAAGCAGCUCAAGAAGGAAAAGGCCGCAAAGGAGGAAGCCGCGAAGAAGCAAGCUGCCGCAGAGAGCGCCACGCAGCAGCAGCCCGAACAACAACAACAGCAACAGCAGCAGGCUGAAGAGCAGGGUGGAGAGGAUGCACCCCAGCAGGAAGAAGUUGUUACAGAUGAGGGCGAAACAGUGUAUGUGAAGGGCCGUGCCGAGGCGGUUGCGAUGCUGGACAUGAUGAUGGCAGAUGCAGACUUCAUGGACUUCCAGGAGAGCAUGCUCGCCGACUUUGAGGACGAAAUGGUCGAGGAGCUCGAGCAGGGCGGGCGUCUUCGUUCGCAGUCGUUUGCUGGCGGGAAGCGGCCCGUGCGCCGCAGCAAGGUGUCGACGGCGCCCGGUGUGCCGGAGGAGGGCGAGGGCGAUGAUGAUGCAGAGGAGGAGGAUGUCGAGGUGUGCGACAACGACGCGCUUGAUGAACGCGUGCAGUACCUCGACCACAUCCACACCAUGUAAUCCUUCCCCCUCCACACCAAACACACACGCCAAGGACAGCCGCCAAGGAGUCACCGCCCACUCUGUCUGUCAGUCACCACCAUGCUCGGCAGCUUGACAGCAAUUCCUUUGCCUCCGUCUGGUGUGUUCUUUCCUGGUCACCCGUCUCGGCCCUUCUUCCGUAUCUUUCUUGUUGUUGUUGCUGUUGCUGUUGCUGUUGUGCCCUGUUAUGCCAGUUGCCACUCCCAAUCCUCCUCAAUGUAGAACAUACACAUGCAUACAUGGCCAUGGCGUUGUGCCUUUCCAUUUUCUUGUCUUGUAGCCUUGCUUGCGUUUACUCUGAUUUGUUUACGUCUGAUGUGUUAGUUGUUGUUUGUUGUUUGUUGGUGUGUUGGGCGGUGACUGUGGCAAUUGCUACAGCUCCGCGCGGUCUCGCUCUCUUUCGUCGUCUUCAUCAUAGUCUGCAUUCCAACUUGCACCACUUCCCGCUUCUGCGUCGAUGUUAUCCCUCUCCAAUAAAGCCCUGAUUGUGUCGAGA